UCUCGCCCUGCCUCCUCAGCUCCAGAUGCAGAGCAAAGUCAUGCUUUGAGUGACAGUGUGAUUGCACGUCUGAGGAAUGCAUCGUGUGUGGAUAGUUGUAGUCGGACUUGUCUUGUCUAGUUGCAGCACAGCGCUGUCAGCGAGAACAGGCAAGAACAGACAACGGUCGAAAACAAGAGAUGAACCUGUGGGCCCUCGGGAGCAUGCUGGAGCAAAGGAAGCUGGAGUACGAGAACCUGGAGGAACUCCAGAGGCCGACUUCUUGGCUGACUUUUCAGGGAAAAAGCGUUUAUGGGUGAUAACCGCCCCAUCAUACAACGAUAACUACUUACUCAUGAUGGAGAAACAGAUCCAGGAGUCUGAAGGGCUGAACUGUCGAUUAGCAGACAGAGAUACCCUCAUUGUGACCAUUAUUCAAAAUGCAAUGAUGGAAGGCAAAAUCCGACGCACAACCAUGGAGGGACAGGCCACAGAGCAAGCUCUGGAUUCAGACAUGGUAACAAAACUGCUUCAUUACCUGGAACUGGAACACCAGAAGUUCUCCAUGUUGAUUCUAAAGAAGAACCUGAAGGUUGGUGAGAGAUUUCCUUACCCAGUGCGUGUGGAGGCUGUUUUGGAGGUUAUUGAUAACCUCCCUGCACGCAAGCUGGAGAUAGUUGCAAGGAAAGGGUUACUUCAUAGAUGCAGGAUUACUAAAAAGAGGUUAGUAGUGAAGCCGAAUGGUGGGAAGAAGAGAAGGAUCGUCAGCCCUCAAAACCAGGGAAAUUUUACAUCCAUAUUUCCUUCACAACAACAAACAAAAGAUAAAAAGGCAGCCAUCAGAAACAAAGUUCAGGCUAUUCUUAACGGACGCUCCAGAUUUGUCAUCCGUAAAACGUCUGGGAAUCGUGGUGGUGGCAAGGUGACCUCAGCUCCCAAAACUGAGGUAAAUGAGGAGGGGAAUCUCAAGCUUGACAGGCGGACAGAAAGCCCUGGAGGUGCAAGAGAAAACACAGCAGCGAAAGUGGAGAAUAAAUACGAUGAUGAGGGGAAUAAAAGAGCAAGUUCAGUAACAGAGACUAAAGGAGAGCAAAUGGGUGACCCAUCCAAAUCAAAAGGCAAGGGAAAAAAGGAGAAGGACAAGAAAAAGAAAAAAGGGAAAAGAGGAGGAAAGAAGUCACAACGGGAAGCAGACAAUAAAGAGAAAACAGCUCUCAAAGAGUUUAUGGAAAAGCUAAAGGGCCAAAGAAGACUCCUUGUAAUCUCUUCCGCCAGUGAGCUCUCAAGCCAAUAUAUCCAACAAAGAGAUGAUAAUGAGCUGCACAGCUGUGAUUUGGCUUUACGGAAAAUUACAGUGCUGUCCAUCCUGGGCUCAGAGCAAAGCCCCACACUGAGAUUGCAACACUAUCAACAAGAUGGAGAUUCUCGACUUGGCUCACUGCCAGACAACAUCAGAAAUCCUGAACUGAUCAGGCAAAUCCGCAAAGAAUAUGGACUUGAAUCCAAAGAGUUUUCUAUGGCUGUGACAGACUAUGACCUGAGACCUAAUCUUGGGAAGGUGUUUAAUUCACCAACAGCCCCAUCAACUAUUAUAAAUUACAUCGACACCUUUCAGUCACGGUGGCUGGAAAAAGCAGAGGAGAAGAACACUCCCUCCGCCUGUUCUCCAUCUGAGAACAAUAAACAGGCCGAGAACUCCCUGCUCAGAUUUAUGUCCAAAAGACGACUUUUGAUCAUCUCUGCCCCCAGUGAAGAUGACUAUUCCUUUCACCAGCAAAUUCAAGCCCUUAAUGGACAGGAGUGUCAGAUGGGUAUCCGUCACUUUGCGUUGCUGCAACUUGUAGGAAAAGGAACUGAGGCUUUAGGGUCUGUUGAGCUGUUUUCGCUAAAUGGCAAAAGUCAGACUGAAAAAGAUAAGCUGUCUCCAGACAUGGUGAGAAAUCUGAGAGACCAGUUGAAGAUCACCACUGACUACUUCAGCAUGCUGGUAGUGGGGAAGGAUGGUGAGGUCAAGGCCUGGUUUCCAACAUCAGUGUGGACUUUGUCUAAUAUCUAUGACUUGGUGGAUUCCAUGGAGUUACGUCAACAAGAACAGAAGCUUCAGCAGACUCUUGGUAUUUACUGUCCCGAAGACAGUGUUGGUCCUGUGGCCGGUGCUUACCAUGGAUAUACAAGAGAGGCCGAUGACAGUUAUCUGUACCAUCGAUCAGAGGACUGACAGUACAAGCAAGUUCAAAAACAUAUGAAUCAGUCAUUUGCUGCAUCAUAAAAAAAUGCUAGGUAGCAAAUGAAAUAUUGGAAAAGUCACAACGUUAAAAGUUAUUGCCUGCUUCCUAAUUAUUAUAGGCUGAAUUCUACAAUUGUUGUACAUGAAAAUCAUGUCAAGUAAAACUGUUAUAUGCUGCUAGCACAAUAUAUACUGUAUGUGAACCAACCAA